CCGUCACAGUGGGGCAACAUGGCGUCGCACAGUCUCUCUCCGUCUCUGACCAGACUGCUGUUCGCGGUAAAGUAUGCCUCACUCCAUCCCAGAUGUUGUGCAGUGCACAGCAGCGUUCAAUACUCCACCAUCUACAACCCCAGUGAAAAGGCCUUUGAUAAGAUCCUCAUUGCCAACAGAGGAGAGAUUGCUUGCAGAGUGAUCAAGACGUGUAAGAAGAUGGGCAUCCAGACUGUAGCUGUUCACAGUGAUGUGGACUCCAGUGCUGUCCAUGCAAAGAUGGCUGAUGAGGCAGUGUGUGUUGGCCCCGCCCCCACCAGUAAGAGCUACCUGAACAUGGAUGCCAUCAUGGAUGCCAUCAGAGCAACUGGAGCACAAGCUGUUCAUCCUGGCUAUGGGUUUCUCUCUGAAAACAAAGAGUUUGCAAAGCGACUGUCAGCAGAGGGUGUGACAUUCAUUGGCCCAGACACGCAUGCUAUCCAGGCAAUGGGAGAUAAAAUAGAGAGCAAGCUAAUUGCUAAGGCCGCUAAGGUCAACACUAUCCCAGGAUUUGAUGGAGUUGUCAAGACUGCUGAGGAAGCUGUGAAGAUUGCUCAGGACAUAGGCUACCCUGUGAUGAUUAAAGCAUCUGCAGGAGGAGGAGGGAAAGGAAUGAGGAUAGCUUGGAAUGAUGAGGAGACAAGGGAAGGUUUCCGGUUCUCGUCCCAGGAGGCAGCUUCCAGCUUUGGAGAUGACAGGCUGCUCAUUGAGAAGUACAUCGACAACCCCAGACACAUAGAGAUACAGGUGCUGGCUGAUAAACAUGGUAAUGCUCUGUGGUUGAAUGAGAGGGAGUGCUCUAUCCAAAGGAGGAACCAGAAGGUGGUGGAGGAGGCUCCCAGCACUUUCCUGGACCCAGAGACACGGCGGGCGAUGGGAGAGCAGGCAGUGCAGCUGGCCAAGGCUGUGCAGUACUCCUCUGCUGGCACUGUGGAGUUCCUGGUGGACUCUCAGAAGAACUUCUACUUCCUGGAGAUGAACACACGACUGCAGGUGGAGCAUCCAAUCACAGAGUGCAUCACUGGUCUGGACCUGGUGGAGCAGAUGAUACAGGUUGCUAGGGGCUACAGACUGCAGCACAAACAGGAAGACAUCCCAAUAAAUGGCUGGGCCAUUGAGAGUCGUGUCUACGCUGAGGAUCCUUACAAGUCUUUUGGUCUUCCCUCCAUUGGACGUUUGUCUCAAUACCAAGAGCCACUCAACCUCAGCAAUGUCCGUGUGGACAGCGGCAUCCAGGAGGGCAGUGACAUCAGCAUCUAUUACGACCCCAUGAUCUCUAAGCUGGUGACCUACGGAGCUACGCGAGCUGAGGCCCUGGCCCGGAUGGAGGACGCGCUGGAUAACUACGUUAUCAGAGGUGUGACCCACAACAUUCCCCUCCUGAGGGAAAUAAUCACCCACCCUCGCUUCAUCUCUGGUGACAUCAGCACCAACUUCCUGCCAGAAGUUUAUCCAAACGGGUUCAAAGGUCACCAGCUGGAGGCAGACAGACGCCAGGAACUGCUGGCCUCGGCAGCAGCUCUCUACAUCUCUGCACAGCUCCGGUCACAGAGGAUCCUGGGUAACCUGAGAGUGUCCUCCACCCCUGUGAAAGAGAACCACUGGGAGCUGUGUGUGGAGCUGGGGGAGGGACACCAUGCUGUGGAGGUUACUAAAUCAGGAAAUGUUUACACUGUGGAGGUUGAUGGUGGAAAGGUGGAAGUCAGUGGACAGUGGAACCUGGCCUCCACACUGCUGCCACUCACCAUCAACGGCACACACAGGAUGCUACAGUGUCUGUCCAGAGGUGCUUCAGGAAAGAUCGUCCUGCAGUACCUCGGCACAUCAUUUCAGGUUCAUGUUCUGUCUAAGUUAGCUGCACAGUUGAACUCCUACAUGCCAGAGAAAGUCCCAGAAGACACAAGCAGUAUUCUGCGUUCACCAAUGCCAGGCACGGUGGUGGCUGUGUCCGUCAAGCCUGGAGACACGGUUGCAGAAGGUCAGGAGAUCUGUGUGAUUGAAGCCAUGAAGAUGCAGAACAGUUUGACUGCUGUCAAACAAGCAAAGGUCAAGAGUGUCCACUGUAAGCCAGGGGAGACGGUGGGAGAGGGAGACCUGCUGGUAGAGCUUGAAUAAAACAGAACCUUUGACAUGUCACAUCAGCACCAGGACGAGCCUUACUCCUCUGAGUCCACAGACGAAGAUCCACGUUGGCAAACAGACUAGACAGAAGCUUGAUUUGUUUUGCCAGUGGUCAGUCUCCACAGCAGCCCCCACCAGUUUAGUUUCCGUGAUGGUGACUCAAAGCCAAGCUGUAUCAGCAGACUCUUUCAUUUUGUGUGUUUUCUAGACCUGAUUGUUAGUUUUUGUUAAAGGGUCAGUUCACCCACUAAACAAAACAUUUUUUCACUUUACCCCUGUGCUGUCUGGCCUUUUGGAUUACCUGCCAAAGUUUUGAGAUAUUUGCUGCCAUUCCAGUAUAAUGGAAGAACAUGGACCUUUGGUUUAUAAGCCGCUGCUGAGUUUUCAGAUGUAUUUUUUCAUAGAUUAGAGUACCAAAAAGAGUCUAUUCAGCUCUGCUGUACUGGAAUGGAACAGUUUGUGUAGCUCAAUACCACUCAAGGUGCAAAUAUGUAAUGGUUGAACUGACACUAAAAGACACUCUACAUACAACUAAUAAAGUGCUCCUUCUUUUCCA